UGAACAUGGCCCUCACAUGCCCCCCAUUUGAAAUGUUUGUAAGCACUGCGGCACACUGCGUUUUUUUAUGGCGUGUGUGUGUUUGUUUUCUAAGGGAGAGAACGGAAGAUAUGAGGGCGCACGACCAAGGGGAACGAGGGAGGGAACUACACGAGAGCACCAGAGAGGGGGAGGGAAGAUAAUUUCCUUUCUGUAACGUACACGCCGCGAGAAUACACCGGGAUAAGGACGAAAAAACUAGGGAAGACUAAAGGAAAUACCGCAGCCCCGUUGUCUUUUGUUUUGGGAAUUCACCGAACACAGAACGGAAGACUAACAUGGGGAGAGUUCUUCUCGAGGAUUGACUUUCAAUAACCCUCUCACCAUGCGAAAGUCUGGCGAAUAGACUGAAAAAGGCAAUAGCAGUCAGGGAAGACAUGUUUAGUGAUUUUAGUCCUGAGCUUGAGGUAGGAUGUUGAUGUUUUUUCGUAAAAUAUUUCUGUCUCGGGCACAAAUAAGGGGUCAGCGGUGAAUGGUCAUAUUAUUCCAGGCACAGUAUUUGUAUUGUAUUUUAGUAGUCUAGUUGUUAAUUAGAGGUUAAUAAAACGAUGUAAUAGCCUAGGCCUUCUGCAGACUGAAUAUUGCUGUACAUGACUAACGUUAGUAGGCUAGGCCUAAACACAAGGCUAUGAAUAGGUGAAAAUUAACUACUUUUUUAAAAAAUAUAUUUUUAAACUGCGUCUUAUCAAUUGCAGUAAGGGCAACAAAAAUACCCUUUGACAGAAACAAGCAGUUAUCAGUGCUUAUAUCGAAUUUCUUGAUCAGAUUAUACAUAUCUGAUCAUCUUUCAAAUCAAGGGUUGCAUAACAGUGGAUAUAUAGGGGCAGACUAUAUAAAACCGCAAUCGGUUUCUUACAAACAAUUUUGACCACAGAAAAGAGUUCGACAGAGGCCAAGGAAAAAAGGGAUAGGUGAUCAUUCUAACAAUAGACAGGGAACAUCAGGCGUUUUUAAAUGUUAAUGUCGACCGACGUAGCAUCAAUCAUGCUGCCUGUAUCUCGGCCUAUCAUGGACCGGGAUCGAGAGCUCCAGGACACAAUGGCCGGGGUGCAUCCCAACUUGACCGGGGCUCCUGGCGCAGCUGUCCGGGGAAUGAAGCGAGGAGACCCGGCAUCUGACGCGCAGACAUCGGCAGCUCUGGUGGAAUCGGCAGGCGCAGAGUGCAAGCGUCCGCGGAUUGACGGAUCUGGAGGAGUCGCAGAGGUCGGCCAGGUGAGAGGGAACCGAGAGAGGAGUGGGCAGUUGAAUUGACAGUUUUUCGAAUUAAUACGCCCACUGGCAUGCCUUACAGCCAAAACACACAAAGCAAAUGGCUGUGUUAUAGAUGGCUUUGAUCUCAAGCUGCUGUUUUCAAGUUAGUUAGGCUGCUAAUAGCCUAAAUAUUCGCUACUGUAAGCAUUAAAACGAUACAUAUGGCACGGGAAACACCAUGCUAACCCAAGCUAUCUAAUCUAGCACUCGAAUGAGGUCGCUAGGUUAGUUAUCUUCCGACCAUUUUAAUCUAUUCACUGGUGUGAUGAAUUAGCAUGUCGCCAGAGAGAUAUAGGUGUAGGCUAUCUCUGCUUUUAGCUCUCCGCCGACUCCGCAAGCAAUAUAUAUAGCCUACUAAUAUCGACGACUACGGAGGCUGCUACAAUGUUGCCAUGUCUUUUGACGUGUACUCAAAACUGUUACAUUUUCCUAAAACGAUACAACGCUUCAGCUCUCCUUUCUAAUUGUAGGCCUAUUCAACGACAUUUUUACUUGACUAUGCUCUUGCUCUAGCGGUUACAUUAUUGUGCCCCCUCGAAAGCAGCGGUACUUGGCCUAUCUCUAUCACUGAGAAAAGGCAUGUUUUCAAAUAGCAAGUAUGUAAACAAAAGUGACCUUUUGUUAUGCUAAAACAGUCGUACUUCGUCUGGCGUCUUGGUGUUUAUAGAAUUAGGUUUAUAAUGGAAGUGAAAUGUUUGCGUGUGUGAUUUGGGGGGUUGGGAUGAAGGGGAGUGGGGGGGGGGGGGGGGGGAACUCAAAGUAAACAAAGACGUCCCAUUUUAUUACUGGGAUACAAUCACUGACUCUUUAUUUAGGCCUUUAGUCCUACUGUAACAUAAGUCAAACCCACAUGCUGUAGUCUAUUGCACUUGGCGGUGACAUUUGCACCACUUAAUGAUGCAAUUGAUGGAACUACCAGUAUCAUCACAACGGAUUUAUUUAAACCAAAUCAAAUUGGUCCGGCUACCCAGUAAUUUUCAGUGUUGUCCCAUAUUUUCCACAUCUCUAGAGAAAUACAUAGGCAGGAUGUCACGUGACGCACUAAAUGUAUCAUGUUGCGUUAUUAAGUUGCAGCAGGAGGUUAACCGAUCCAUCCAAAGGUAAAAUGCCCAUCUCUUUGCCAUUGUAAAUAGCGGUAAUGGAGGUGAAUUGGCCAGUUUGCUGCCCUCAUGUAAUAGUGAGGGAGACUAAUGGCUUUAGAGGCAGUUCACCACUAUACUCUCCUUCUACAGGGGUGCUGAACGACAGUCUUAUAGCAUCUAAUUCACUUAAAACAGACAGCAUGGAUGGAAGUGUGUGUGUGUGUGUGUGUGUGUGUGAGGGAGAGGUAUGGAUGGAUCAAUGGCCCCUUAGCUCCUAAAAAGGAAUUGAUAGUCUGUGAGUUGGUCAGUCCGGAAAGGAGCGAGAGACAGAGAACCAGGGAGAAAGAUCUUUCCCCCCUCCCUGUUGGAUCCCCCCGGUAGACCACCCCUCCCUGGUAGUAGGGAGCAGAUUUGCCCUAUCACCAGCAGUAAAGAGGCUUUGUUCGCUAGGCUAACGGGAUCACCGCUUAUUCAGGAGGGGGCAUUAGAAUCACACUGAUCCCUGAGAUCCCUAUCUACAGGGGGAGGAUUAAUCACACACACACUGCCUAAUGUAGGCGCUAGAGCUUAGUAUCAUAUUUUGGCUACAAAAGCUGGUGAUGUACAUUUAUUGACAUUGCAUUACAUUCCUAUUGUCUAUUGUAAUCAAUAGGCUUACACAGUAUUAUCAUACAGACUGUUCAUUCUUACUACAUUAGAUUGAGUACUGUUAAUAAUUUUCCACUUAGUGAAGACGAGGUACCAGUGCUGUGUUCUUAUUCCCCUGACCUGAUGCCUCCAUUAAUAUUUCAGCUGAAAGUAGGUUAAGAGAUAUUAAGCUCUCCUUCCUUAAGCAAGAGCAGCGCUAAGCUUUCCAAGAAACGACUUCAUAAAUGCAUGCUUGCAUUUCUCCACAUCUGACUUCUUUCCUCUUCCCGGCCUCUCCCCCAUGCGUAGGAUGAAUCAUGGAAAGUGUUGUAUUAUAGGUGACGUUAUUCCUCUUAAAGUAGUCAAGUAACUGGACACGUCUCACACACUUCUCUCUCUCAACAUUCCCGCUCUCUUUCUUUCUCUCCCUCUCUCAUUCUGUCUUACCCUGUACUGAGUGUUAUCACAUAAUGUUUGGCACGCUGCUCAUCACACCACAUCAUGACCUCUGGUUAAUGCCAGUAGAAUGGGAUGUGGUGGUGAUAAGCCAUCCUGUUCCACCAUCACGCAACAGAGGACCAUCAGCCAUCGCACACUUUGUCAUAGACACUAUUCAAGUUAGUGUGUGUCUCAAAUGGGACCUUAUUCCCUACAUAGUGCUCUACUUUUGACUAUUGGUACCUAUUCCCUAAUAGGAAAUAGUGUGCUUGUGCUAUUUUACACAUUAAAAGGGGGGGGGGGUCAAAAGUAACAGUCAGUAUAUAGUAUGGCCACCAGCUGCAUUAAGUACUGCAGUCCAUCUCCUCCUCAUGACCUGCACCAGAUUUGCCAGUUCUUGCUGUGAGAUGUUACCCCACUCUUCCACCAAGGCACCUGCAAGUUCACAGACAUUUCUGGGGGGAAUGGCCCUCACCCUCCGAUCCAACAGGUCCCAGACGUGCUCAAUGGGAUUGAGAUCCGGGCUCUUCGCUGGCCGUGGCAGAACACUGACAUUUCUGUCUUGCAGGAAAUCACGCACAGAACGAGCAGUAUGGCUGGUGGCAUUGUCAUGCUGGAGGGUCAUGUCAGGAUGAGCCUGCAGGAGGGGUACCACAUGAGGGAGGAGGAGGUCUUCCCUGUAACGCACAGCGUUGAGAUUGCCUGCAAUGACAACAAGCUCAGUCCGAUGAUGCUGUGACACACCGUCCCAGACCAUGACGGACCCUCCACCUCCAAAUCGAUCCCGCUCCGGAGUACAGGCCUCAGUGUAACGCUCAUUCCUUCGUCGAUAAACGCGAAUCCGACCAUCACCCCUGGUGAGACAAAACCGCGACUCAUCAGUGAAGAGCACUUUUUGCCAGUCCUGUCUGGUCCAGUGACGGUGGGUUUGUGCCCAUAGGAGACGUUGUUGCCAGUGAUGUCUGGUGAGGACCUGCCUUACAACAGGCCUAGAAGCCCUGAGUCCAGCCUUUCUCAGCCUAUUGCGGACAGUCUGAGCACUGAUGGAGGGAUUGUGCAUUCCUGGUGUAACUCGGGCAGUUGUUGCCAUCCUGUACCUGUCCUGCAGGUGUGAUGUUCGGAUGUACCGAUCCUGUGCAGGUGUUGUUACACGUGGUCUGCCACUGCGAGGACGAUCAGCUGUCCGUCCUGUCUCCCUGUAGCACUGUCUUAGGCGUCUCACAGUACGGACAUUGUAAUUUAUUGCCCUGGCUACAUCUGCAGUCCUCAUGCCUCCUUGCAGCAUGGCUAAGGCACGUUCACGCAGAUGAGCAGGGACCCUGGGCAUCUUUCUUUUGGUGUUUUUCAGAGUCAGUAGAAAGGCCUCUUUAGACCUUAAUUGCCUACCGUCUGUAAGCUGUUAGUGUCUUAAUGACGUUCCACAGGUGCAUGUUCAUUAAUUGUUUAUGGUUCAUUGAAGAAGCAUGGGAAACAGUGUUUUAAACCCUUUACAAGGAAGAUCUGUAAAGUUGUUUGGAUUUUUAUGAAUUAUCUUUGAAAGACAGGGUCCUGAAAAGGGGACAUUUCUUUUUUUGCUGAGUUUAGUUCAGUCAUAACAAUAAAAGCUCUAACCUGAAUGGGUUUAUCCGAAUGGUACAAUUAUGAAGCUGCUAUUUCAUAUUCUUACCCUGGAGCUGCAUAGCACUUUAAAAACCUUCAUAUUUCACUUUGGCUGCGAUCCAAAAUGCAUAGGUAGAAAUUAGAAUAAGAACCGCAAAUCAAGAUUUCGGAGAUGUCGAGGUUGUCAGAUCCAAUUUGAUUCCUUAUGCAGAGCUCCCUGCGUCUGAUGUCACGCAGCGUGCGACCCGUGUUCCUAACCUAAUAGGGACACGCCUGGGGUGACAGCGGCCAGGAUGAAUGACUUGACUACAACAUUAAUGUAGGUGGAGGAUCACAGAGCAGCAGACCUGGGUUCAAAACUAUUUGAAGUCUUUCAAAUGCUUCGAGCGUUUGCUCUAGUCAUGCCCGGAGAGCCAGAUGGGCCGGGUUUAUAUAUUUGGGGCUAUACUUUUGGUCCAUUAAAGUCAGGCCAGCUCAAUCCAGCACAUAUUAAAUGCUUUGGAAUUUGGAAUGAUUUUGAAUAGUGUUUGAACCCAGGUCUGCGGAGUAGUGAGCAGCAGCGCUCAAAUGUACUUUCAUUUCAGUCCGCCCGACCGAAAUAGAAUGAAACGUCAGCAAGAAAAAUGUUCUCCUCUCCUGCUGUGAGUUUGAGAAUAUUUAUUUAGUUUUGGUCCCAUUUCUUUCAGAGGAUGAUGACGGUCUCCUCCACCGGCUCCACUGACUCAACCCCCAAGUUGUUUAUUUUGGGUUCUGUGUAGCUGGGGUUCAUUUGUUAUCAGUGUAUUGCAGGUUGACAUUGUCUUGAUAAACUGGAAAAAAUCUAGAAUCAGAUUUUCGUGCCCCAGUUCUAGCAUCAACCAUCAGCAGGAACCAUUCAAACUGAUCCAAGAGCUGCACAUACAGGCAACCUCCACUAAAACCAGCUAAAGCCCCUCUGAAAGCAUAGGUCUGAAUGUGUAGGUUUUCUGUGUCAAGGGACAAAAAUGGGUAUAGAGCGCUAUAAUAUACUAUUGGAUCUUCUGGCUGGCUAUGAGGCUUAGAAUGUAAGGGCUCUGUGGAUGAAAUGGAGUCACAUCCUCCUGAGUGCAUCAUGCCUUCUUGGCCCUCAAGUUCUUUGGGAAAAAUGGAAUGAAAUUUGAUGUGGUUUCUACUUGGAGUCUACACCAUAAGAAAGUGAUCCUGUAUCACAUGAUGAGUGAAUAACCAGGUGGCCUGUGAAAUUAAAGAAUCACCCCUACACACACACACACCCUGUGGUUUUGGGAGAGCACUGGAUCCAUGUGUACAAGGGAUUACCACAAUCCUGUGAACUGGUGAUGUGAGUGAGAAACUUGGACCAUUGGAAGUAACGGAACUCCUGUUCACGUUGACACACACACACCUUGCCCUUCUCAACCCAUACCUCUGUUUUUGGGUUCUUUUUCACCUCCAUCAAGCCCUAUCCCGUUCCCUAUCCCCCCGGAGUCCCCCCUCUCCUCCCCCAUUUCACCAUCUGUUGACUUCAAGACAUCUUGUUACUUUCUCCUGAUCUCUCCCUCUUUUUCCUCCUCCAGUUUGUCUUCAGCUUCUCCUCAACAGAAAUAGCCCAUUUGUCCAUGUGACAAAGACAGAAGGCAUAAGUAGAAGUAGCAUUUACAUACUAGGAUGGUUUCUUAAAAGGCUGCAGAUGCUAGAUGGAGUCACUCCAGUAGAUUCACUGUAAUGUGUGGGGAUAGCACAACUGGUGUGUGUGUAUUUAUGAGAGUAUUUUGGGUGGUUGUGUGCAUUAGAUUAUAGCAACGCCGUUAUCCAGAGUGCACGUGUGUAUGCGCGUGUCUGAAUGUGAGUGAGAGAGAGUAUGCAUUUUUGUAUUAGUGUUUGUCUGAGUGGACAUGCUCUGAUCAGACAGCUCUACUCUCUCCCCCUCUCCUCUUCCCUCUCCUCUCCUUAAGGAAAUUAAGCGCAUGACUCUGCUUAUGUAUGACUUACUGUCUUUGUCCUUCAUCUGCAUCCCAAAUGGCACCCUAUAUAGUGCACUACUCUGACCAGGGCCAUAUGUACUUUGUAGGGAAUAGGGUGCUAUUUGGGACACAGUCCUCGUCUCCUUUGGACAGUUUUUUUAAAACCCCUUUUCUAUUUCUCUCUCUUCGUCUAGCCCGGGUUCUUCCCUCGCUUUCCACUCCCCCCUUUUCAUCCCUUCAUUCUCCUCGAUCGCCCUCCUGUUUUUGUUUUUUUAGCUAUUCCAGAAAUAUUUAUUCCAGAUGUGUUUUUACUGUCUCGCCCCGGCCCUUCCCCCAUCCAUCUUUCAACAUAAUUAUCCCAUUUUGCGGUGCCCCUUAAAAAAUGUGUCUGGAUUUGACUAGUUUUCUUGCCUGUCUGUCUUCAUGACUACAACAGUUCAGGGAAUUUACCCACCAUUUCAAAUAGAUGUUUAUACUUUAUUCAUGUUAGUCAGGCUUCUAAAAGGCAAUUAAUAAUUUACUGUUGCCUCAAAAGUCUGUUCUCGCUAAGUACAUUUCUGGCUCUCCAGGACACUUACUCAAACGGCAGUGAACAAGCAGAGCAACUCUUCUCUUUACUUUCUACUUUUGAAUUCCAUAAAAAGUAUUAUGAUGGAGUGUUUGUGUAACAGCGCCUGGGGCUUAAGGUAGAUGGCUACAGCACUUAUUGUGAGGGCUCAAGCUGUGAUGCGCGCAGAGCAAAGUGUUCCCUCCGGGGACAACACAGGCGAGGGACAUUGGUUCCAGAUGAAAGGGAGAUGGGGUGGGGGGAGGAGAAAAACAGAAAUGAGAGAUGGUUUCUAUGUAGCGAUACAGAAAAAGACACAGCCAAGCCAAUAUAUUUUAUUCCCCUCAAACCAGGCGUAUAGUAAUUGCUGUAAAAAAGCGCAUGCCGUAUUUUAAUAGAACACAUUGCAUAAAUGCCAGUACAUGGUGUUAUGCGUGUGAAUAAAGUGCAUUACAAGUGUGUGUUUUAUAAUAGACAGUCACAGUUUAAUUAACAUCGGGUAACCUAACAUUAACUGAUAGCACAAUUGGGGUAGAGGAGAUCUUAAUGAGGACACUAGGCAAAUACUCACCAAAUAUUUUUAGCUAGCCUACAUCUCUCCUUCCAUUGUCUCCCUUUCUCUUGCAACACCACCAAUUAUAACGGAGCAAAUAAAUGAGCGGAAUCGGACAGCGGGUUGCAUCAGGGCAGAUGAUGUGAGGCAGGCAGUAUACUCCAUGACACUUGUGACCUAUUUCUGAUUUAAGAGCUACUGUGAGUCUCUCUCUCUCUCUCUCUCUUUUGCCCCCUCCUCCUCCCUCGCUCUUUCUCUCUCUCCCUGUCCUCUCAUCUCUCCUAACUAACACACAAUAGCUCCACUGGGGUGAGAAGAGAAGAGGACACACCAGGACAUUGAGUGGAGGAGCUAGCUAGAGGAGUGUGUGAGGCACAGGCAGAAUUAAUUUGAUUAGUUUGGCCCUUAAUGCAUCAAUUAACUAGAACAUGGAAUAUACUGGUGAGGAGAGAGAGAGAGAGAGAUGAUUGGCUGGAAAGAGAGAGGGAAUAAAGGAGUGAAGAUUAUAGAAUUUAAAACGGACACAAAAAAGGGUCGAACUUGUAAAAUGGAUGUAAAAAUUGAUAAUAAUUGGUGACCUUUGUUUUUGGCUGGACAAACUAAACUACAUUUUUCUUGUUUUUAAAUGUCUGCUCUCUUCUAUUUCAGAACAAUGACCCCCUGACCCUUGGUUACCAUGGAUACCCACCCCACAGUCAG